CCCUCAAAGUCUUUUUUUGUUUCUUUUUUUUUUUCCUUUCCGCUCCCUUUUCAUUUUAACAGCGACGUGGUUGAGAAUUAAUAUUUUUUUUCUCCUCAAGAAAUCGCACGGCUUACAUUUCUGAAAUUUUAUAUUUACUCUGAUCCCAGGCUGAGAAUUGGGCUGUGAAGGUUGACAAUGGCUGGAGAGAAGAUAUUGGAUGAAUCUGAGGCAAGCAGAGCUGGAUUGAAUCCUGAAUCAGUUACUGAGUUGACUAAUAAGGUUUCUAGGAAAGUAGGAAAAGCAUCUGGUCCACCCUCUUCCAUUUCUCCUAUGGGGACUGCUGCUGCUCGUGUUAAUGGCGGUGUUCAUCAAUCCACCAGUCUAAAGCCAUCUAUCACUAAUUCAACUGCCGGCUCCUAUGAUCAUUAUGGAGGAUACAGUCGACCACUAAAUGAUGAUCAAGGUUACUUUAAUGCGGGUAUUCAAUCAAAUAAUGGUUCUUCCCUUUACUAUCACCCUGGAAGUAAUCCUUACCGCCAUGAUUUUGUGGACUGUGAUCGAAAACAACAACCACAUUCAUCGUCAUCAUCAUCAUCAUCAUCAGGGUAUCUUCAGCAACAAUGGUGCUCAUCAAGGAAUUCUAAAACCAGAACAGUGGAUAUGAAAGGUUCAUUAAAGUCGAAUGGUUUUAAUUCUUCAGAAUCAAAUUUGGGCUCUUCAACCCGAAAAAUGCCAUCUUCAUUUAGUUCUGAAAGUCAAUAUUCUACUGCUUCAUCGAAGUACCCCCUCCAAAGCCAUCCCAAUAAACAAUCAAACAAGUUUGGUUCAAAUUUCCAGCUUGGUGGCCAAUCGGAUGGGUUUCACCGGGUUGCAAAGUUUCCAUCAUAUACCAAUCAAAACCAAGGCUUUAUUAUGCACAAUGGUCUAAAUAAUUACCGAACGAACGGCACAGCCUUGAAUGUUAACUUUAAACCCAAUUUUAGAGAAAAUUUCUAUAAGAACAGAGUGGGAGAUGUCUCGGCUGAACUUAAUCGUGGUCCUAGGGCGAAUGGCAAGAGUAAUCCUCUAAAACCGUCAGACAAAAAUGAAACCAUUCAGCGGAGCAUGUAUAACAAAGAAGAUUUUCAGACUCAGUAUGAUCAUGCAAAGUUUUAUGUUAUCAAGUCAUUCAGCGAGGAUAACGUUCACAAAUGUGUUAAAUAUGAUGUUUGGUCAAGCACCCCAAAUGGAAACAAGAAAUUAGACAAAGCUUUUCUUGAGGCUGAAAGGAAAGCAAGUGAAACAGGCGGAAUGUGUCCGGUCUUCCUCUUCUUUUCUGUGAAUGGAAGUGGACAAUUUCUAGGUGUUGCAGAGAUGAUAGGGCCUGUUGAUUUUAACAAAAAACUGGAUUUUUGGCAGCUGGACAAAUGGACUGGGUUCUUCCCAGUCAAAUGGCACAUAAUUAAAGAUGUCCCCAACAAUCAGUUGAAACACAUCAUCCUUAAAAACAAUGAUAACAAGGACGUUACAUACACUCGAGAUACUCAAGAGGUCGGGUUGGAGGAAGGUUUGGAAAUGCUUAACAUUUUUAAAAGUUAUUCCGAAAAAUCGUCGCUAUUGGAUGACUUCGACUUCUAUGAGGGCCGAGAGAAGUCACUCAAGGCCAAAAGGAGCUCCACCACUUCAGAACAGGGAGCUGAUCAGUUCCCGGACAAUGAUGUUCAUAUUCCAUUCAGAGGAGAAAAUAGUAUUACCGAAGAUGCGGUGCUGGAAUCUGUAUCUGCGCCUUCUCUCAUCACUCAAACCAGAAAGCUAUCUCUUAAAUCACAGCCAUUAUAAAGCAUAUGAAUUAAAGACUGAUGAAUGGCACCAGUUUCUUUUCUCCAGCAUUGUUGACUUAUUGUUUACUUUUCUUACCAUUUUCUGAAUAGCUUUGCUAGUUUCUUUUAACCCUCCAGAUAGAACCCGAGGUACUGUUUUCUUUUCCCUCCUUAUCUAUUCUUUUUGCAUUUUGGGGUACUUGCUUUGAGCUUUUUCUACCCAUGUUUCAAUUGUUGUUCGAGCUGUGGACCGGAAAAACCAAACAAUGUGCCAUUUUAUGAUCUUCAGCAUUUGCUGGAAAUAAUACCAAUGCCUUUUAAUGUCAGUUAAGGCGUCUUACUUCUGGAA